UGUCGCCGUGUUCAUCCAGUUCAUAAAAAUCGCCUGGAAGAAGAAUGGUUGUGACUAGGAGACCGUGCAGGGUGUGGGACUUGGGCAGCGGGGAUGUCCCUCACCGAUGGGGCUCGGCGAGAGUUUGCAAAGCGGCGGCUAGUUAUUGUGAUACCGAAGCGGUCGAUGCCCGACUGCGAAGAAGGUGGGACCAGAAUGGUGCUGUGGGACAAAGGUGGGACCGUAGCGGUGCUGUGGGACAUGGUUCCGUUGUCAUAAGCCAUUCACCACGUUGGCAAUCCGUGAUCGGAUGGGGUGUCCUCCUAAGCAUCGUGUCCAGCGUAUUGCAUGUGGUAUUUGCCGGAAACUCUAGUUCCCACGUACCCCACGUUGGGCCAGCAAUCAAGGGGUUCGUGAUCGAACAGGUGGCGCUCGAGAAAGUGACGGUUGAGGUGGCGAUGGUCGGAAGUCCAGCAGGAAGCAGUAGGGCUUCCUCCUUCGUCUCUUUGUCGACUUCUCCUCAACUACCGUCAUCAUCGUCAUCGUCGUCUUCGUGUUCGUCUUCUUCUUCUUCUUCAAGUAUCUCGUUUGCCGCAACAGCGUUGCAACCUUCGGCGUCAUCGUCAACGCCUUGUUCUCCGCCGUCUCCGUCUCCCCAUACCAUACAAGAAGAAUCGUCCACGCUAACGUCCGCGUGCAUUGCAGACGGCGAGAAGGAAGACAGAGCUCCGUGCAAGGUGCUUUGCUUCGCACCUACUCCCGUCUGUGGGGAGGACGGCAUCACGUAUUGGUGCGGGCCGAAGGAAGCUGAAUGCGCCGGAGUGAAGGUUGUGCAUGAAAAUGUGUGCGCACUGGGGAAUGGACUAGGGACAGGGUCAGCAUUUAAAGCAGCACAGUCGUUAUUAAUUCAGUCACUUUUGAUCGUUCACUUUGUCUGGCUGGUGAUUGUCGGGUUAUUGGUUCUGGCCGGGCGGACCUGACAAUUUGAGUCCGGGUGCGGAUUGCAGUGAGCGCUCUUGGUGCGUAGUCUUUUGUUUCUUUACUUGGUUUGCAAUUCAUUCUUAUUGCGGUCUCUCUCUUUCUUUUCGAGUUUUUAUGUGAUUAUUAUUCUUUUUCAGGUGGUUUGAGUAGUCAAAACUGUCGCCAGCAAAUCAUUCACAGGGGUUUGGGUGCGAGUUCGAGUUCUUCAGGUGCGAGUUCGAGUUCUUCAGGAGGAGCCGUCGCAAACAGAAUAGGAUGGAUCAGCUGCCUACUCAAUAAAUGAAUGAGAGGGCCAAAG